GCUUACCUUGAGCACAGACUGGUUAUUCCCCGAAUGCAUUGUAUCCUGAAUCUCUGUUUCAAAAGGCUUCUAGAUGACUGCCAAGAUCUGGGAAGACGACUGUCGCUCGAGCUCUGUCAACUCAAUUCUCACCCUCUCUUCUCUCAGUCAUCCUCGCUAAAUGCCUAGACGCCGUUUGAUGGAUCGAUACUCGACUGCAUGUGAAUCGAAGACCCAGACGCGCUUAAAAACCUCGCUCUACACACGAGGCCUCCAAGUGUCUUGUCUUGAACUCUCAUCAUGGCACCUCUUACACGCAUCCUACCCCUGAAAGUGCCAAAACUCAAACGACGCACUUGCUACUUCAUCAUCGGUGGUGUAGUCGUCGGUGUCGUCUUAGUAGCCGCCGUACCCCCCAUUUUGAGCCUCAUUGGCUUUGGUCCAGCAGGGCCUGUCGCUGGCUUGUUAGCACCUGCCAUCCAAAGCGGCAUCGGCAAUGUUGUUGCUGGGAGUCCCUUCGCAAUUGCGCAACAUAUAGGAAUGGUAGGUAUGGUCCCUGGUGUGUAUGCAGCUGCGGGUGCCAUCGGAGGAGCCGGAGGGAUCGCGGCUCGGCUUGUGGAUUUGCUUGUGGAUUGGUUCAGGUGA